AUGGGGUUUUUUAAUUGUGCCCGCCUCCUUCCACCUACAGAUGAGCGAGAAAGUGUGCAGCAGCCAAUGGCAGAGCGAAUUGUGAGUUGCGUUCGCGCUCGCGUCUGUUUAACUGCGGUGGUUCGCGGGCUGGGAGACGAAAUCAGAGCUGAGGAGUGCGACUCGCUUCAACACUUCACACGCUCAUCUUGGCAGAUACACCAAGAAAGUUUCCCUUCAUCGCCGCAAAUGGCUAGCAGCAGUUCCUUUUUCAUCGAGAUAGUGAGGGAAAACCCCAUCCGGAACCAAAAUCGUACUGCGAAAGGCAAGACAGAGGUUUCUACUUGCGAAAAUUUGCUUGACGAGUAUAUUGAAGGAGAAUCUGGCACAGAGGAGUGUCCUUCCUUCGAGGUGCAACGGGAUAAUGAAUUGACACGGAAAUACAGCGUUACAUUUCCCUUUGAUUGCAGCGUCACUACGUUUCACCGUGCCAUAAUUGUCGACUGGAUGACUAUGUUGCAAGCCUACUUGAAAAUCGACACAAAGGGUUUGCACAUGGCUGUAUGGCUUAUGGAUCACUACCCGUGGCGUGAAAAUGCAACUAUGGGAAAUUAUGUGGUGACAGCACUGGCAGCUCUCAUGGUGGGCGACAGAAUCACCACGACCAGAAGUGAAGACGGAUGCGAUAACAUGCGCCGCGAUCUGGUCGCUUUCUCUGACAACCGCUAUUGCGUAGAAUUGAUUGUGGAGAAUGAAACAUCUAUGCUGAAUUUGUUCUGCUGUGACCUGCCAUUGCCCACUCCGCAUACCUUUCUCAAACGCUGCAUACAGGCCAUGGAUGAUGUCGCUCAAAUAUUUGAUUUGCAACGGGCUGCAGCCCUGUGCCUGUACUGCUUCGAUCUGGGUCUACUAAACUGCAAAUUAGUACAAUACUCUGCAAGCCUGAAGUGCUCUGCAGUGGUGCUUCUCCUCCGACGACUUAUAAAAGGAUCUUGUAUCUGUUCGAGGGAGGAGACCAACGAUCCCUGCAACUGCUGUCAGUUCCACCAACUGUGUGAAUGGACGGAAGAACUGAAACAGACAAUGGAUCAAGAGUGGAAUGAAGAGCUUUAUUUUGUUUCGGAUAUCUACGCAGGACUAUUGAAAGAAGCCAAAUGCUUCAAUAAUCAUUGCAAAACAAAAAUGAUUAAGGGUUGCGCUCCAGCUUUUGAGGCAGCUUACAUUAAGCACAACAAAAGGGUCUACAUGAACAUACCAAUAAGCGGGAUCUUGUGUUACUUUAUAGCGCUGAGCUCAAUCCAUCCACCAAGAAGAGUUGUUAAGUUUCCCAGUAAAGAAAAGUACUUCAUCAUUUGCAUAUUGGAAGACUGGCUACUUCAAGUUAAGUUAGAAGGCUAUGGCGCCAAAGCCACGAUGACCGAAGAAUUCGCGUGGCUAAAGUCGCCAUUCCAAUAA